ACCGUUUGAGCGGAGGGGAAUCCAACAGUACAAGGAGGUGUGGUCCCUUGGCAUAGCUGAAGAGAAGGUUCAGGAGACAUACCCCCUUCGUAUUGGUAAUGAUGACAUCAAGGGACACUACAAGAUGGUUAUCAAAGACCACAUCGCCUACCGCUAUGAGAUCCUGGAGCUGAUGGGUAAGAGCACCUUCGGUCGAGUCCUCAAGUGCAGAGACCACAAAACCCAGCAGCUGGUCGCCAUGAAGGUCAUUGCGAACGACCAGAGGUUUGCAGAUGAGGCGAUGGCAGAGGUGGAAAUUCUGGAGCUGCUCCAGAAGAAAGAUGAGCUUGACGUGGCCAACGUCGUCCACAUGAAGGAGCUCGUCCACUUUGAUUUGUGACGUGUUAUUCUGUAAUCUCUUCCAUGUUUGCAUGUCAAUAAAUCUGUUUUUUGUUUGUUUAAUACUGGCACUAAAUGUAAAUACUGUACAUACUUUGAAUGUGAAGGUACAUACUGAACUUACUGUGCCUACAAUGGGCCAGGGCAGUGGCGUUGCAUUACGCCUAAAGGCUUUUCCAACAGUAGGAACUGCUGAGGUCAACAGCUUACUGCAGCUAUCAGAUGGAAGAUGUCUGCCUACUAGCAUACUGAAGAGAUUGCACUCUUUUAUCACUCCCUUCUAUUGUUUUAUUUUAUAAUCCUUUUAAUUUUUGCAUGCCACCAAAUCGUUGUCUUUAUACUGUACAUACUGUGCCAACAAGGUUCAAAAGUAAAUUGUUCCAAG